AUGGCGGCGCCGAAGAAGAAGAUUGCCGUCAUGACCUCGGGAGGCGACUCCCCAGGCAUGAACGCUGUCGUGCGUGCUGUCGUGCGCAUGGCCAUCCACAUGGGCUGCGACGCCUACUGUGUCUACGAAGGCUACGAAGGGUUGGUCCAGGGUGGAGACCUCAUCAAGAAGAUGCAAUGGAACGAUGUCCGUGGCUGGCUCUCUGAAGGUGGCACUCUAAUCGGCACAGCACGAUGCAUGGCCUUCUACGAACGCCCUGGCCGAUUGGUUGCUGCCAAAAACAUGAUCCUCCACGGAAUCGACGCCCUGAUCAUCUGCGGUGGUGACGGGUCCCUCACUGGUGCCGACAGGUUCCGUGCCGAGUGGCCUUCUCUGCUGGAGGAGCUGGUUGCCAAUGGGCAGCUGACCAAGGAGCAGACUGGCCCCUACCAACACCUCAAUAUUGUCGGAUUGGUCGGAUCAAUCGACAACGACCUUUCAGGAACCGAUGCAACCAUUGGAUGUUACUCAGCCCUUGCCCGAAUCUGCGAGAUGGUUGAUUACAUCGAAGCCACUGCCUCGUCGCAUUCUCGAGCUUUCGUUAUCGAGGUGAUGGGACGUCAUUGUGGGUGGUUGGCUUUGAUGGCGGGUGUGGCUACAGGCGCAGACUUUGUCUUCAUUCCAGAACGACCCAGAGACCGUGACUGGAAGGCAGACAUGUCCACCGUUGUUAGAAGGCAUCGCGAGCUCGGCAAGCGAAAGACAAUUGUCAUUGUCGCAGAGGGUGCUCGCGACAAGGAUGGUACCAAGAUCACACCAGAGGAAAUCAAGGAUUUGUUGGCAGACAAGAGCGAGGGUGGACUUGCUCUUGACACCCGUAUCACCACGCUUGGCCAUGUCCAGCGCGGUGGUACCGCCGUUUCCUACGACCGAACACUCGGUACCCUCCAGGGUGUGGAAGCUGUCCGUGCUGUCCUUGAAGCUACCCCUGAGACAGAGACGCCUUUUAUCGCUAUCAACGAAAACAAGAUUGUUCGAAAGCCUUUAAUGAAGGCUGUGGCUGAAACAAAGGAACUCUCCAAAGCUGUCGAUGCCAAAGACUUUGAGAAGGCAAUGGGCCUGAGAGACACCGAAUUUGCUGACCAGUACAGGUCAUACUUGACCACCACUAACGUGUUGGUGGAAGAUAACAAACUGCCUCAGGACAAGAGAAUGAAAAUCGGCUUUAUCAAUGUCGGUGCACCUGCUGGUGGUAUGAAUGCUGCUGUUCGUGCAGCAGUUGCUUACUGUACCUCCCGGGGCCAUGAACCGAUUGCCAUCCACAACGGUUUCGCUGGCUUCGCUCGACACCACGGAGACAAGCCCGUGGGAGCAGUUCGACCUUUCAACUGGCUGGAGGUUGAUGGCUGGGCAAGCAAGGGAGGUUCUGAGAUCGGAACCAACCGAGAACUCCCCUCAGAAUCCGGCAUGGAGCUGAUUGCAAACCUGAUUGAACAGUACCGAUUUGAUGCACUCUUCCUGAUCGGUGGUUUCGAGGCGUUCCACUCCAUCUCUCAGCUCCGGAAAGCCAGAGAUGAGUUCCCCUCUCUGUGCAUCCCCAUGGCGCUCCUCCCUGCCACUAUUUCUAACAAUGUCCCCGGAACGGAAUACUCCCUUGGGUCAGACACCUGCCUCAAUGAGCUGGUCAACUACUGUGACAAGAUUAAGCAAUCUGCGUCUGCAACGCGCCGACGAGUGUUCGUUAUUGAGACGCAAGGCGGUCGUUCAGGCUACGUUGCUACACUCAGCGGGUUGGGUGUCGGCGCCUCAGCCGUGUACACCCCUGAGGAAGGAAUCAGUCUUGAGAUGCUGAAUGCUGAUGUGAACCACCUGAAACACGUGUUCGAACAUGACAAGGGCCAGUCCCGUGCAGGACGUCUCAUCCUAGUCAACGAGAAGGCCAGUAAGGUGUACCAUGCCAAGCUCAUCGCGGACAUUAUCCGCGAAGAAGCCCAUGAUAGGUUUGAGAGCCGAGAAAGUAUUCCUGGCCAUGUGCAGCAGGGCGGUGUUCCUUCUCCUAUGGAUCGCUGCCGAGCUGUCAGACUUGCAAUCAAGUGCAUCCAGCGCCUGGAAACUUUUGGUAAGAACAGCCCCAACCACAUCAAGAAGGACCCAGACAGUACAUUCGUGAUUGGCAUCAAGGGCUCCGAGGUCGCAUUCACUCCGAUGGUUGAUUUGGAGGAGAAUGACACCGACUGGCCCAACCGGCGACCCAAGAGCGCGUACUGGCUUGAUAUGCGAAGCACUGUCGAUAUGCUGGGAGGUCGACCUGAGUAUCCGAAGCCAGGAGAAAGAUUGACCGGCCUGGCAGCCAAGGACACGAAACGGGGGCUUCACUGGCAAUAA